AUGCCAAAGAACCCAAGAUUGUUGGACGAUGUCAGCUUCCACCCCUGUGUGCGUUUCAAGCGGUGGGAAUCCGAACGCAUCCUGUCCUUCAUCCCUCCCGAUGGCAACUUCCGCUUGCUCUCUUAUCACGUCAGCGCUCAAAAUUUAGUGGCCAUCCCAGUCUACGUAAAGCACAACAUCAGCUUCCGAGACAGCAGCUCCCUCGGCCGCUUUGAGAUCACCGUGGGGCCCAAACAGACCAUGGGGAAGACGGUGGAGGGGGUACUGGUCACCAGCCAGAUGCCCAAAGGGGUGCUUAACAUGACCCUCACACCUUCUCAGGGGACACACACGUUUGAUCCUGUCACAAAGCUGCUGAUGUGGGACGUGGGGAAGAUCAACCCUCAAAAGCUGCCCAGCUUGAAGGGGACGAUGGGUCUUCAGGCCGGGGCCUCCAAGCCUGAUGAGAAUCCCACCAUUAACCUCCAGUUCAAAAUCCAGCAGUUGGCGAUCUCCGGUCUGAAGGUGAAUCGUUUAGACAUGUACGGAGAAAAAUACAAGCCUUUCAAAGGAAUCAAGUACAUGACCAAGGCGGGGAAGUUCCAAGUCCGCACCUGAGAGACCUUCUGCUGUGGAGACGACUUGUGACUUCUACUCCACCUCUGCUCUCCUCUUCCUCGUGGUUUGCUCCUUCUGGAUUUCUUCUGAGACAGGCAACUUUUCUUUCCCCCUCCCCCUCGGUUUGGCCAGCCCUUCCUCCUUGAACAUCUGGAGCUCCCCAUGGCGACAAAGAGCAAAACGGAGACGUGGUAACUUCCCUUGGGGCUUGUUGGCUUCCCACUUCAGCCAACGAUGUGCUUUCCACGCCUCGUUGGCAGUCAACAACAGCCGGGAUCUUUGCCGGCUGAAGCUGCAGCCAGAAGAGAUGCUGAAGAACCCCAACAAGAAGAAGAGGCUGGAUGGUCUUCCUGCUCAUUGGACUCCCAAGCCUGUGCGAAUCUUUCUUCCCCAACCUCUCUGCACUCCGCCCGUCCUAUUUAACUGCGCCAGUGUGUACAGAAACAGGAAAGAGGCAGCUCCUUUCUCAGACCGGGUGUGUGUGUGUGUGUGUGUGGAGUUGUUGGUGAUCUAGAAGUGGCAUUUUAGCCCAGUGUAAAUAUGCUCAGCCUGGUUGUUGUCUACGGAGGAUUUGCAGCCCUGGGGAUGGAGCUUGAGAAAUGAGGUUUGCUCCAGACAUAGGGAAGCAAAAUGAAAACAACACACAAGCAUAUAUAUAUAAGGCCCUGAGGGUGGGGCACCCGUUCCCAGGCUGCCGCGUUUCUUCUUGCAUGUGCUUGCGUGUUGCGCUUCCAGCUGAUCUCUGACAUGCGUUGCUAUUAUGCUAAUAGAUCUGCUUUCCCCCCAGUCUGGUGCCUCCCCUGGCUGUCUGGCUGCUGUCCCUGGAGCUCCUCCUGCCGAAUCUCCCUUGCCUAAUGGGAGUCCCCACAGGUGUUUCUCCCUACCAGACAUAGGGACUACAAGCUGCCGGUCCCUUUUUCGGCGCAACCUCUCUUAGAGUUUCAGGGUGUCGCUCUUCUUUAAUCCGAGCCAUGUGUGUGUUUCCGUUCCGAUCCGGACUCUCACCCCUGUUUACAUGCUUCCGUUUCAUUCGUCGAGAGGAAAAAAAAAAACUCCAGACCAAUCCAAGUAGAGGUCAUUUGGCAGGUCCUUUCUGGAAUGCCAUGGAAAACUCCAAACUCAAAAGAGCGGAGUUCUGCCAUUCAAGAUGGCAGAUGCAGAGGGUGUCUGACCGUGCCAGAACAUUCUGGACACAGUGACUUUGCAACUUUCCUCUCUUCUCUUCUCUCUCCUCUUCUUUUCUCUCCUCUCCACGCCUCUCCUCCCUUCCCUUCCCCUCCCCUCUCUUCUCUGGCUGGGGAAUUCUGGAAGUUGAAGUCCACAAAAUCCUAAAGUUGCCAAGUUUUUGAGAGCCCUGUCCUAGACGGAGUAUCUGAAUAUAUUUACUUUCCUGAACAGUCAGUGAAAUCCCUUUGGGGUUCUGCGUUUUGAGAUCUGAUGAAGAGAACUAUGGAAGGUGGGUUGGCCAGAAGAUCAGGAAGUCAGUACCCGGGGCAAGAGUUGGGUUGUCAAGGGCUGGCUAUCAUGCCUGAGGAACUUCCUCCUAGUGUAUGUAUGGGGUGGGGGAUGAGAUAGGAGGGAGUAAAGAUGACGGAUUAAUAGGUCUUCUAUUUCUGUAAGGUCUAGCAGCGGUUUGCUAAAGUAGCUGAAUGGGUGGGUUAAAUUUUUGGGGUCCUUUGGAGUCAGAGAGGAAGAAAAAUGGUGCUUGAAGCAGCCUUAGGUCCUUUCCAACAGAAUCCCAGUUUGUGUGUAGAGACAGCCUCCUUGCCAGCUCCAUUUAAUAUAAAAUUAGCAAAAGGGCCCAUUGUUUCCAAGCGCUGAUCCUAGGAUGAUCUCGAUCAAAACAGAUUUCUGGAAAAGGUCUGGGCUAAUUAAAAGCAAAAUCUUGUCUCUGAAUGCUGAGAAAACAUCCUGCUGGAUGUCUGGUAUGUUGUCCAGGAAAGAGAGGGAAAAAUCCCCCCCCCCCAGCCUUGAUGCAAAACAUCUGGGCUUCAGAGGCGAUUUCUGGCGUCUUCUGAAGAUGCACUAUCUCUUCCAGUUCAGUAGGUGGAGAUGCAAGCCCAAGAUAUUUCUCCAGUGAAAGAAGCCAAGGGAACUUCUGAAAAGAGACAGCCUUGUUUUUGGAAUCAAGACAGAUUUGUGGGUCACACCAGAGAGCAGUUCUUACAGGAUGUCUCUUUUGAGGUGAGCCGCUCAUUUCCAAGGGGCCUGCAGAUAUCCAGGUGUGUUCACGACCAAGGCUGGGAAAACAAGUGGCCCUCAGCCUCCAUUCUUCCCACUUUCGGUCCAAAGCUCAAGAGCUUUCUGUCCAUCCCAGCCAUUUAGAUGGGCUAAUAACUAGUUGGUUUUUACCGUCUUCAAAAAUCGCUUCUAUUUUUAGACGGUUAGUACUCACCUCGAAUGCCCUGGGGGCGGAAAGGCAGCACGGACGUUGAAAGGAUAAGCAAAAUAAAUCGUUGGGCAAGUGUGGAAGAUGGGAACUAAUUAAAGCCUUCACCGAACCCGGCAAGACCAUUCUUGCUUCAGUUUGGAAUGAAAUGUCCUGGGUUCCAUUUAUACGGUUAGUCUAGUGAAAAGAAGAACUAAGGGAGACAG